AUGACGGGGAUUAAGGGCUCGUUCUCAACCUUCAAGAUGCUUGAGCCGGGGACUCGGGCAAUCAAGUUUGAGAACAAGGGGUUCCUUGAGGUAGCCGGAGUGGGCACCGUGGAGUUGCGGUGUGAGACGCCAACCGGGGAGUGUCUUGAUCAUCUUCGGAGUGGCGUAGUUCUUGCUGUGGCGAAGAACCUCUUCCCGGUGAAGAAAGCAACCGCGAUACGGGCCGAGGUUGUGUUCCGCAGUGAAGUUUGUGAAAUGUGUAUGGACGGAGAAGUCAUGCUUUGGGCAGAGAAGAAUGCGGAGAACGCGUCGAUUGUGUUUGCCCGCUUGGAAUUGCAAUCCGGGAAGAAGGUCAAGGCGGUGCAAACGGACUCGGGCGGGGAGUACAUCAACGAAGGAAUGACGACCCUCCUCGGAAAAAAGAGGGACGGUGCAACGAACCACGGCGGGGCACUCUCCCAAACAAAACGGAUCGGCGGAUCCGUUGAACCGGACGCUGGAGGAGAGAGCACGGGCUUUGCUACAGGACGCCGGGUUGGGGCCAGACUUGAGGGCGAAAGCGAUGUUGACGGGCAACCACACCCGGAACCGGGUACUCUCGAGCGUACACGGCAAGACCCCGUGGAAAAGGUUCUACGGAAAAAAGCCGAACGGGCUACUCGUAUGGGGGAGGCCGACACCCGGAGCGAGGAUUCCGAUGAAGGGGAUGGCGGUCAAGAGAAGACGGCACAAAGAUACCCCGCACGCGAGAGGCGGGCGCCCGUGGAGUGGUAUCGAGCGAAUUUGGCGGCGAAAACGGGGAGCAUUCCAAGGGGUUGCGGAAGUAUUCGGAGCCGCAAACGUAUCAAGAAGCCGUAG